GAACUUGCUGUUUAGAUCCGAUAGAUCUACAUGCGGGCGAAUCAGCCUCAUGAAACUGAAACCAAAGUGAUACAGGCAGCAUACAUCGAACCAUUCAGAGCCGCAAAGUUCUGAGUAGGUUCCAGUCAAUGUGGACCCACUACGGAGUUGCAGUGGUCAGUUUCAUGGUUCUGUUUGAAAUUCGUGCACCUCGGCUUCCGAAGUAUCUUCUUCCAUUGCAUUGCUUGGGCAGGGUUUCUAUCCUUGAAAAAUCACCAAAUGCAUUUCGUUGAUCGAGGAUGGAUGUGGCCUCACACAACCGGGGUGCAGGGAAAGAGACAGAGGACUUUAUGAAGAACAGGCAGGCAGGAGAUGCUUUUUCUAAGUUGGCUGAACUGAUGGCUCAGGCAGAGCAAAAGCAAGAUGGUCGCAACCAAAAGUCUCACCAGCCAGGUGUAUCCACUUGUGAAGAGUGUCACCAGGACUUCCCAGAUUUGGCAGCACUUGUUCGUCACCAACAGAAAUUACAUGUCUUGCGGAAGCCUCACCGCUGCAAGGCGUGUGGCCAAGAGUUUGCGCUCCUUUCUACUCUCCAGUUGCAUAAGUGCCUCAGCUUAGCCCCAGUCUGCCAGCUGUGCCAUGGAAAAGCCCAACGCGGUGCCCCUUGUUCCGCAUGCUCCUCUGAGCUGGCAGAUCCCAAGGGCCCACAGGAGCAGACCCACCUCUACCGCCAUCACCAUGACAACAGCCCCUAUGCAUGUGCUCCCUGUGGUCGUGCUUUCAGCCACAAACAGGAGUUGCUGUACCACCAGCAGGCAGGUGGAUGUCAGCCAGCUCCACUCAGUCCCAAAGCUCUGAAAUCUUCUACUGUGCCAUCUUUCACCCCUGUUCCCACACCAACGCCCUCAUAUGCGUCUCUUCCCCCAUCACCCCCGGAGCCAGGAGCAUGCCUGCUUUGUAGACGGGUUUUCCGCUCACCUGCAGGACUGGCUAACCAUCGACGGGUCUGGCAUCCAAGCCAGUGCGCAAAGAAUUCAACUAAACUUUCACAGAAAUCGGCAGGGAAAAUGAAUGGCAAAACGUUGGAGAAAACGUUGGAGAAAACGGUGGAAUCAGAAUGUGAAAGUGCACCGAUCUCUGCAAAGAAAAGCAGUGGGGGCCAGAAGAAGGGGCAGCAGUUCCCCUGCCGCUCAUGUGACCGGGUGUUCUCCCAGACCUCCAUGCUGCAUCAGCACAGGAAAGAGGUGCACCGGCGAGAGAAGAGACCCUGGCGAGAGCACAGGCCAUCAGCUAAGAGCACAAGGCAGAGGAAGAAAGGCGAAACAUACCCAUGCCUCGUCUGUGGCAAAGUGUUCCUCCAUCACCUGACGCGUUGGGCACAUCUCCGCACCCACAGUGCCCAACAGCUGAACCAGGUAAGAAAGGUUGUGCCAGUAGUGAAGCCAUCAAAGAUCACCAAGGAAACAAAGGCAGCUGAAAAGAAUCCCCCUAGAAAAGCCAAAAAGACUAAAUGCAGCCCCACAGCAAAAGCGGACACAAAAAAACAACGGCGAAAGCGAGAGAGCCAUGAGGAGGAAGGCGAGUUCCCAUGCCCAUCUUGUCUUGAGGUUUUCAGCUCUCCAGCUGGCCUCUGCAAGCACGAGGAGGUUCAUCAGCCGGCAGAAAUGAUCAAGAAUUGCGGUGUUUGCAAGAUGGAAAUGACCCCUGUUGAAGGAGGAGCCACUCUGCCUGAACUAUUAUACCAUUGUGUGCCAUGCAGGCAGGCUUUCUCCACACUGAACAGCUUCUUGCAGCAUUGCCAGAUGCAUCUCCCCAGUGACAAUGACGAGGAAGGAUGUGAUAGUGAUGAUUAAGUUCUUCAAGGCUUUAGUGAAGCCACUCCCUGUGUCGUCCCGGGGCUUGGUCAUGGUUGGUGAUGGAACUGAAUACAUGAAUAGAGGUGAAGUGAGUUAUUGAAGACUUUAUAUGAGGACUUUUUCAGGUUUGCGGAAAAGUAUUUGUGUUGUGUAACUGAUUAUUUUUCCUCCUCCCUCAGUUUACAUUUUCUAUUAGGGUCUCUCUUUUUUUGUUUUUAAGAAGACCUACACCUGAGCCUUACAUUGAACCAAACUGUGCUUACAUUUAUUUUCUUGAUGAGAUAUUGGGGUACUGCAUCAAAUAUAAUUGACACUGUGAUUGUUUUCAUUCAGAAUUGUACAAAAAGAUGGUAAAGGUAAAAACAAAAUGGCAGGACAAUAAAAUGAAAUAUCACACAUUUUUGUAUUUUGGGUGUCUGCUUUGGACUUAUUUGCUUUCUGUGUGCAUUGUGCAACGUUCAUACAUAACAUAAUAACAGAGUGUGUUCAAGCGUAGUCUUGUAGAAGGAUAUUUGAUAAGGCAUCAAGCUGUGCUGUGUGAAGAUUCCAUACAAGGAUAACAUAGAAACCGUCAUGGUAUUGAAUGUCUAACAUGGUAAGUCUCAACAAUGGUAUUAUGUUUAUACGAUGAAAGUCCUUUUCAUCCUUUGGUUUAUGUCCUUGUUUUUGUUUUGUCUUUUUCUUUCAUUUCUUGUGUCAGUUUCUGACAGACCAUUACACUUGACAAAAUUUGAUUUCAGUAUUGAGGUCCAGCACUGACUUUGAUUUUUUUUUUCUGCUUGAAUAGUAGAAAAAUAUGUUGUUUUUUAAAGUUACCUUGCUGAAUCAUUUGUAUUAGAAACUGCACAAUAAUUUCUGCUGUUUUUCCCACAUUACCCUAAACCAAAAGUGAUUUGUGAUAUUCAGGGAUAUUCCGUCUCAGCAAUGAAAGCACUUGUAUAUGUUCAUCACUGUCUGUAAAAUUAAUGUUUUGUUUGAGAGUGUGUCCUUCAGCAGAAUGAUUUCAGUAUUCAUCAGCUGAAAUAAAUCAUAUGAUCUGGUGAU